AUGUUCCCUCCUUCCCUUUGUUCCUGUUCUUUACGUGCUGUCUCUAGCUCUCACACCCCUGCGCUAGGGUUGAUCAUAUCAACUCAGUUGCGGGUAGUUGCACGCAAUAAAGCCGUUGCUACCUCACAAAACACCUUAAUGUCCAUUGCGGUAGAAGAGAGUUCGGUUAGCACCGAUGCAGCCGUUCAGCGAACAAAUGAUGAUAGUGUCGUAAGCAAGCGGUCGGCGGUUCAUAAGGGGUACUUUGAUGACCCGUAUUUGCGUUUCUUUGUGAAGAAACUCUCCCGUCGAUCGCCACUAAUCAACCGUGGGUACUAUCUACGUAUGCUGGUUAUCACUGACGUGAUUGAGCGAUGUAUUCACCAUUUACGUUGUUUGAAAAUACGCUGCACCGUGAAUACCCCUCCGUUGCCCCCAACUGGUAAUGCUGUUGCACUACCCGUACAAGUGAUAUCUCUUGGUGCUGGUUAUGAUACACUUGCCAUGCGUUUGAAGCAGCGACCGGAUUACGGCAACGUACACUUCUACGAGGUUGACUUCCCCGCCGUUAUGCAAUCCAAGUCAAUGCUUGUAAAGAUGGCACCAUUUGGUUCAUUUCCAGAGGAUAUUGUGGCAGAUCCCGGUGGAGAGUUAGUUAAACUUUAUGGUAACAACUACUGGGCGGUUGGUACGGAUCUACGUAGCACAAAUCGGGAUCUUGUAACGUGCUUGAGGGAGGUAUCGCCACAAUUUUCCACAGACAAUCCAACUGUGCUGUACGCCGAAUGUGUGAUGCAGUAUAUGCCUCCAGUUGCUGCAUCACACCUCAUCAAGCAAAUCGCAAGUGCUUUUCCCUGCGCAAUUUUUGUUGCAUAUGAUCAGCUGCAUCCAUCGGACAGCUUUGGCACGGUUAUGCUGUCAGCGUUACGCACGAAGAACAGUCCGCUUUUAAGUAUUGGGGAGUGUCCCAGCGGUGCUGCAAUGGUAAGGAGGGCAAUUCAGCAAGGAAUGUGCAAAGCGCGAUUUGCCAACUUUCAUGAUCUCUCAAAAUUUUAUAUAUCGGGAGAUAAUCACGAUCGUGUGGAGGCACUGGAGCCGUUUGACGAGUGGGAGGAGUGGUGUGAAAUGUGCGAGCACUAUGGCAUUACAAUGGCUACCACAUUAUCAGAUGAGGAAAUGCCGGACCACUCGUGCUUUAAAGAGAUAAUGGAGCAGAAAGAAGAGGAAUUGUGCGCAGGGUUACCUUGUAAGUCGCAGGGAAAUGAGCAGAACGCACUUAGGUUGGAAAAUUGGCCCACAGGUCGGUUCGGUUUCGAGGGUUGGGGAAAUGGUGGUGCAGUUGCAGAAAGGUUGUUCAGCGGAGAUGUGCUUAUCAUAUCGUUUGGUGGGUUUUCCGUCACACGAGGUCACCAGCGGACGAAUACCCUCCAUGUCCAUAGCUUGCGCAGUGGGGAUCGCAAGGUGCUUCAGUCUUCUUUAAGUGUCGAGCCGCCGUCACUUGUGUUCCAUUCAAUGAGUCGUGUCUCGAGGGGAAGUUAUGUGGUGUUUGGUGGUCGUACGAAUCCUCAAGAUGUGGCUUCGGAUGCUUAUUUACUUCGACUUGAACUACCUACUGAUGGAUAUGGCGAGGAAGCAAACAUUGUGGCGACAUGGAGCAAACUACAGCAAACCGCGGAUGACGGCAAGUUGCCGGUUGCGCGGUAUCGGCAUGCUGCCACCAGUGUGACUAAUAGUGGUUGUGACGAAAACACUGAUAUGCGUAAUAUUUUUGUCUUCGGUGGCCGUUGCGCUACCGGUGAGUUCUUGAAUGAUGCAUGGCUGGGGAGUGUUGGCGACGGAAUUAUUCACUGGAAACUGUUGCGACUCUCUGGGGACAUACCACCGCCCUGCUGCUCCAGUGGAGUAGUUGACGCUACAAUGGGAAGCAUCGUACUGCUAAGCGGUGGUCUUCUCCGUGGUGGCGUCAGUGACAGUUCCUUGUGGAGUAUUGACUGGGUUACUGGUGUUUGCAACAAACGGGACGCAAUCGUUGGCCCACGCUUCUCCCAUACGAUGUGUCGAGUAAGUGUGAAUGGUGUCACAGGAGUGCUUGUCGUGGGUGGUUCCUCGACUGAACCCAGUGCGUCCUUUCAAGCAACGCAGAUUUUACUUCUGGACCCGGUCUCUGGUGAGAUAACUGAAGCACUGAAACUCCCACCCAUGUGCCCCACGUGGACCCGCCAUUCUUGUGUUGCACUCGAGGAUGGCGCUGUUGGCGUACUAGGGAGCGGGUUCACAUGCUUUUCAUUUGGAACUUUCGCCACAAAGCCGCUACUGCUACUUUUGGGUGGGAAACGCGGUGGUCGUAAUGCUCACAGCUGGGACGUAUCCAAAUUGGAAAGCACAUCCACAUCAGCUGCUGCUAAUGCCUUUUCCAUCUGCUGCACAGUACAAAGGCGUCCCGUUGAAGAGCAAUCCCUUAGUGUGGGAAGUUUCUCGGUGUUGGUGAAUCAUCCUUUCAAACCAGUGGUGUUCCGCGACGUUGACAUGGGCUGUUGUGUCAAGGCAUGGAGUGAUCCAGCGUAUCUAAAUCGCGUAGAGGGGAAUACACGAGUUUCUGUCCAUGUCGCGCGGAAUACGGAACUGCUUGAUUUUGUUACGAAAAACUUUUCUUUUCAGCAUGUGUCAUUCAAUGAGCUUCUCGAUCAUUGCCUAGCUAGCUCUGCAGCACUAGCAGAAAGCGGUAACUUACCAGGGAAACUGAAUGAAGAAAGAGAAACUUGGUACCUCCGCGCCGUGGCAUCCAAUAUGAAGAGCGAGCGGGCGAACAUAUGGCGUGAUUUCCAAGGUCUAAAGGACGAUUUUGUACUACCGUCAGCAACAGUCGAUCACAUUAAGCCGCGCAUGCACCAAGCCUGCUUGCGGAUAAGCGCUCCGCCUCUGCAGUUGUGGACGCACUACGACACGCUUGACAACGUACUCUGCCAAAUAGUGGGUAGAAAGCGCGUAGUACUUUUCCCUCCCAGUGAAUACAACAACCUUUAUAUUAGCGGUAGCUCCUCAGCCGUUACCAAUAUCGAUAAACCGGAUUACAUGCGAUUUCCUCGAUUUAUCGAUGCAUCUCGCCACGCUUUAGAGGUAGAAAUCGGCCCAGGAGACAUGCUGUUCAUACCAGCACUAUGGUUCCACCAUAUCACCACUCUUGAAGGAAGCUAUUCGAUGAGUGUUAAUGUCUUCUUUGAGCGUCUCCCGCAUGCGGACUAUGAUAAGAAGGACCUGUACGGCAACAAAGAUAUUCCAGCUGCAUCGCGCCUUCGCGCGGGUAUAGUGAAGAAAGUAAAGGAAAUGAUUUCUGAAACUGCUGUCGAACGAACAAGUGAUGGAAAAGCGCUGACACCAGAUUUGGUGGAGUUUGCGCUGCGGCAGGCACUACAAGACUUGAUGGAGGUGGCGGAUGAUAUGUGUACUGCCCUUCGAUAG